AUGGAGCCGGCCCGGGAGCCCCCCGCGCGGGCCCGGCCGCCGCCGCCGCCGCCCCCCGCCGUCAGCCCCGCGCCGGCCCCCGCCGCGCCCAGGCUGCGCUCGCCCGCCGAAGCGGAGGGCCGCGGUCCCGAGGGGCUGCUGCGGCGAUCGGGGUCGGGCUACGAGGGCAGCACCAGCUGGAAAGCGGCCUUGGAGGCUUCCAAGGGCUGCAUCAAGUGCGAGGCGCCCUGCCCGGAGGACUGGCUGCUCUACGGAAGGAAAUGCUACUUCUUUUCUGAGGAACCGAGAGACUGGAACACGGGCAGGCAGUACUGUCACGGCCACGAGGCCGCGCUGGCUGUGAUCCAGAGCCAGAAGGAGCUGGAAUUCAUGUUCAAGUUCACACGGAGGGAGCCCUGGAUUGGUCUGCGCAGAGUGGGGGACGAAUUCCACUGGGUCAACGGGGACCCAUUUGACCCAGACACAUUCCACAUCUCGGGCCCGGGGGAGUGCGUCUUCGUGGAGCCCACCAGGCUGGUGUCGACGGAGUGUUUGAUGACCCGGCCCUGGGUGUGCAGCAAGAUGGCCUACACAUGAGGCCCAGCUCGAGCCCCCUGGGACUCCUUCCAGGACAGCAGCAGCCCUCAGUGACCACUCCCUCACCCCAGCACCUCCAGCACUUAAGACUGAGCCUCUCACACCGCCGGAGUCUGUCGGAAGUUUUCAUCUGUGACUCAUCGCUAAAGUCAUCUGACCACUCUUGGCAUCUGAUUAUAAGCCCCUGGAUAGCAGGGAUUAUGUGUCACUGGCCUCUUUGUAGCACACAUAGCAUGUGCUCAAAAAACACUGUUGUAUAUGACAAUAAGAUUGCCCCCAAAUGCCAUCUCUGAAACCCUUUGCCACGGUGGGAGACAGCAGUGGCCGGCCAUCAUAAGAGGCUCGUCUUUUUGGCUUUGGUGGGCGUGGCUUGGUUUUAGAGGCCCGGCAAGAUGCACUCUUUAGUUUGUUUUGCUUCAGUUAAGUUAGCUCGCUCACAUUCCCUAAGCAUGUAGAUACUGGGCGGGCUGAGUGGAGGUGAAAGGGCGCAUCCGGGCCGUGAGGGAGAGCUGCCUUCGCCUCCAGAACAUCCUCUGCAUCAUACACAGAGCCCAGCUGGCGGGGCCGAAGAGCUGGCUGUGAGUGGAAACCAGGCCCGGGGAGGGUUUCCAUCAGUGACUGGGGUUGGCGGCUGAAGAUUCCUGUGGUCACCAGGAUAAUUAUGCUAACAUCACUGUGCUGUUUGUGAAAGACCUGGUUUUCAGAAAUGCCCACUGUACUUACACCAGGAGGGGAUGGAGGUAACUGCUCUUUCCUUAGUCCGUAAAGAACUCCAAACUGGGAGCAAGUAUGAGACUCAAACAGGGGUCAUCCAGAAAACCUCCUGCCGUGCCCAUCAGAGAUCCCACGUCUCAGCCUGGAGUGGAUACACACUUGGCCUGACUCAGAAGACCUGCCCGAGUCUAGUCUGGGGCCAGCUCUACCAACAAGCAGACGUGUAGCUCAGGCUGCUGUGCUCAACCUCCCUGACCCCAGGCUUCACCUCUAAUAUAAAGUAGAAAUCGUGCCUGCCCUGCCUACCUCACAGGGUUUUGAGAACUGUAGAUGUUAGAAUUUCAGGGAUUAGAAAUUAUCGACCCCAUUCUCACUAUCCAUGAGACCCCGAGAGGUUAAAUAACACGUCCAAGGUCACGCAUCUAGUGGCAGAGCUAGACCUCAGGUCUUGUGGAUUCUCUAUUCGUUGUUGAUACUAUUAUUGCACGUAUCAUGCUUUAUUUGUUCACCUGUCCACCAUCCACGCAGAAGUGUAAGCCCCUAGAGGGCAGGGAUCCACUCUCAUGCUCCUUUUUUCUCUAGCGCCUGGUACAUACUAAAGGUGCUCAAUAAACGUGUGUUGACCUAAACUGAUCUUGACUCCUAGUUGAAGUUCUCCUUCUUCUACACCAUGCUGUCUCUGAUCUCAGAAAUCUGUACUGCCAGUCCAGCUGCCCGUAAAACGUAUGAAAACUUGCAGAUGUUUUAGAGAAAAAGAUAAGAUGCUCA